AUGUGCGCGGCUGCGCCUGGCGGCGGUGGGCGGGCGGCUCGGAGGCUCGGAGCUGCGAGGGCAGGGGGCCGGGUCCCCAGUGCAGCCCCGAGGUACAGCAGGAGGACAAGGAGAGUCCCUAUUGCUUAUGAAGCUGAACCCAGGCCUGAGUCCCCUGGCCCCACAUGGGAGCCAGAGAACUGGCGGCAGCAGCUGGAGCGCAUCCGGGAGAUGAGGAGGCACCGAGAUGCUCCCGUGGAUGAGAUGGGAGUGGAUAAAUGCUAUGACACCAGUGCACCACCGCAGGUUAUGCGCUACCAAGUUCUGCUGUCUCUGAUGCUCUCUAGCCAGACUAAGGACCAGGUGACAUCAGCUGCCAUGCUCCGCCUGAGGCAGCGUGGCCUCACAGUUGACAGCAUUUUGCAGAUGGAUGAUGCAACGCUUGGGCAAAUCAUUUAUCCUGUUGGAUUCUGGAGAAACAAGGUAAAGUACAUAAAGCAGACAACAGCCAUCCUGAAGCAGAAUUAUGGGGGUGACAUACCAAGCACUGUGGAAGAGUUGGUGAAGCUGCCAGGAGUUGGGCCCAAAAUGGCCCAUUUGGCCAUGAACAUUGCUUGGAACAGCGUAUCUGGGAUAGCUGUGGACACCCAUGUGCACAGGAUCGCAAACAGGCUGAAGUGGGUGAAGAAGGAGACCAGAUACCCUGAGGAAACUCGGGUAGCACUGGAGGACUGGCUGCCCAGGGAUCUCUGGAGGGAGAUCAACUGGCUCUUGGUGGGCUUUGGCCAGCAGACCUGCCUGCCUGUGAAUCCUCGCUGCAAAGAAUGCCUUAAUCAAGACAUAUGCCCUGCUGCUAAGAGAUUCUGAGAGCCCAUUCUGGCUGCCUUGUAAGAGUAGAGUAAGAAGGCCACUUCAACCCAGAGCCAAGCGGUAGGAAUGUUGUGCUUUGCAUGGGGCUGUGUGACUGUAGAGAAACAGGAGGCUGCUGCAGCCAGCUCAGUGUUCUUAGGGAGUGGAAGCUGCUGUUGGUGGCUGAGCUCUCAAGAGGAAAAAGGGUCCUUCAAAGCACAGUAGUCCUGCUGCAUCAGUGCUGCCAGCUCCAGCCCCCAUGUGAAUGCUUGAGUGCGCCCCAACAGUGCAGCAGGCUGUGCAGUGUCAGGAACAGCUGGAGAAAUGCAAGACUUCCCGCUGCUUGUAAAUAUGUGUUGAAUAAAGGUGGUGGGUUAUUUUUUCUACCCAUGAGGUUUGCUGGCAUCUCUGUAACACAGGGUGGAGGAAGAAGAGCUCACAGUGACCAGUGAGCUCAUAGCAACCAGCCCAGCAGCUGAGAGCAGGCAGCUAAGUCUCCUGCCUGGCCCUGGCAGUGAGAACGAUGGUCAGUAAGGUCCAGCUAGAGAUGUCACAAGCUAGGGUCAGAGGCAGCCACAGUCUGAACAAGUGACCUUUGAGUUCUGCUUGCAGAGGAGUCAUGGGGGAGGCACAGCAUGGCAGCAGGUAACAAAGCCAGCUUCACACUCUUCGAAUAUGCUGACAGGGUUUCCAGUAGCUGCAGGAUCCAGGUUAGUGCAUACCUCAGAAGCUGACACAAGGGCCACCACCACCACUGCGUGUGUUUUGUUCUUCAAAGAAAGGGCAAUGCUGACUUCAGUGCAGAGCUUCAAAGGGAUCAUUUCAGCUACACUUUAAACAAGCAAGGGAGGAAGCAAAGUUUAUAAUGUGCUAAAGAAGGCAGUAAUACCACCCUCAAGUUCUCACCACACAGAUGAGGAAUGAGCAAAUAAGUGGUACAUGGGAAAACAAAGUUUAUUACUGACAUUACAGUGUAUAUUAUGUUUUUACAAUACAGCUAACAGCCUUAUACUUUA